AUGGCAUAUCCCCAGCUGAAAUAUCUAAGACGUCUGCUAAGGGUUGAUGAUAAACUUUAUCUUGUUAUUACUUUUAUGUUACUGUUAUCGUUUCAUUCGGGCUUGGGAGAGCCUUGCAAAUUUGACCUGGAUCACCCAUGUAUCUGCAAAACACAGAACUUUCAGCUUAAUUUGGAAUCUUUCAUGAAAGCAAGAGGAGGGGCGGAUUUGCAGGCUACUGGAGAAAAUGAUCAGUAUAUUUACUAUGUGCAGCCAUGCAACAGAAAACUGAGCACCCAGCUUCAGAGCUGUAUCACUGUUAAUCCAGAUCUAGUUAGUUGCCAGGUUGAUGCUAACACUAAACAACAAGCAUAUGGCCUUGGUGUGCUACACAAGUAUGAAGUCACACGAGAUCAAGACAAUUUCAUUUUGACAAAUUCCUUCAUACAACAAUCAGAUAUGAUCAAUCGCACGUUGCAUCUGACUGUCAAAUGCUCAGACCAGGAUGGAGAGUUUACCUAUCAGGGUAGUAAUAAACCACCAUCUCCAGUCAUAUAUAAAUUCACAUUAGCAACAAGACACAUUUGUGCUGGAGCUAAAAAUGAAGGUGGCCUGAGUCCUGGCUCAGUUAUGGUGAUAAUUUUCUUCGUGCUUUUAAUUGUGUAUAUACUGGGAGGUCUUCUUUUCCAAAAAUUUAUAAGGAAAGCUCAGGGUGUAGAGAUCAUUCCCAACUAUGUCUUUUGGAAAGAUUUUCCAUUUCUUGUCAAGGAUGGUUUUGUGUUCACAUUUCAAUGCUGCAAGGGAAGUUCAGGAUAUGAUAAGAUUUAA